AUGGAGCGGGCGUGCGGCUUGCGGCCGGCGCCUUCCCCGCGGGGCCCUGACGGUGCGCUGGGGCAGCGAGUGGAGGUGGUGCUGGGAGGGGUGCUCCCGGGGCGAGGGGGCUGCCCGGUGGGCGGCCCCAGGAAGAGGAAGCGGACUACGUUCAGCCGCGGCCAGCUGAGCGAGCUGGAGCGCGUCUUCGCCGCGCUGCCCUACCCGGACAUCGGCACCCGGGAGCGCCUGGCCGAGCUCACACAGCUGCCCGAGGCCAAGAUCCAGGUCUGGUUCCAGAACCGCCGCGCCCGCAGGAUCAAGAGCGGCCCUGCCGCCGGCGCGCCCCGUCGGGCUCUGGCCGCCAGCGAGCCGCCCCGCCUGGACACCCGCGACGGCGAGCAAGCGCCCGCCCGCCCGCGCGGCAGCCCGGACUUCCACGGCUGCGGGGAGGAGGCGGCGGGGCCGGCGCCGCUCCGGUGGUCGGGCAGCCCCGUCCAGGCGCGCGGGGAGGAGGCGGCGGAGCCCGCGGCCGCCGUGGCCUGGACUGCGCUUUCGCGCUCCCCGCUGGGCUCCCUCUCGGAGAUCGUCUACAGCGCCGCGCUCGUGGCCAACCUCGGGGAGCUGUAG